AUGUCUGGCAGCGCAGGUUAUGAUCGACACAUUACCAUCUUCUCGGAUCAGGGCCGAUUAUAUCAAGUCGAGUAUGCCUUCAAGGCAAUCACCGCAGCGAAUAUCACUUCCGUGGGUGUGCGGGGCAAGAACUGCGCUGUGGUCAUUUCACAGAAGAAAGUCCCUGACAAACUAAUCGAUCCAGCCUCCGUGUCCCAUGUGUUUAAAAUCUCUCCGUCCGUCGGCUGUGUCAUGACUGGCUCGAUAGCAGACGCUCGUGCAGCUGCUGAUCGAGCAAGAGGAGAAGCUGCAGAGUUCAAAUACAAGAAUGGCUAUGAAAUGCCCUGCGACGUCCUCGCAAAGCGGCUGGCCAACAUCAACCAAGUCUAUACACAAAGAGCGUACAUGAGACCGCUAGGAAUUGCGAUCACACUCGUUUCCGUCGAUGAUGAAUUCGGGCCCCAACUCUACAAAUGCGAUCCUGCCGGCUACUACGUGGGUUACAAGGCCACAGCAUCCGGGCCUAAACAGCAAGAGGCACUCAAUCAUCUGGAGAAGAAGCUGAAGAACAAGGAUCAUGCCCCUGGUGGCUGGGAAGAGGUGGUUGAGCUGGGAAUUAGCACCCUCAGCACUGUCUUGAGCGUUGAUUUCAAGAAGGGCGAAUUGGAGAUUGGCAUCGUCGGUGGACCCAAGGCUGAUGGAAGUGAAGGCACCGAUCGAGAGUUUAGGACGCUAAGCGAAGAUGAGAUCGAGGAACGUCUUCAAGCGAUUGCAGAGCGGGAUUGA